UUUGGCUAGCUACCGCAUACACACUACUCCCAGCACCGAUAUGGCGCUUGCACAACAAGCGAGACCUCCCGCCCAUGCCUACUCCAAGUCCGAGCAGAUCCCCUUGCAGCCGUUUGACAGGGACACGAGGGAUUACCAGUUCUACGACGAAGAAGCGCUCCGGGUGAGCAACAAGAUCGACGAAGACCUCAAGCGAGAGGGCGCGCGCAAAAAGGAGCAAUCCAAGCGACAGGUCAAAGUUAUGCUCCUCGGCCAAGCCGAGUCCGGCAAAUCUACACUCCAGAAACAAUUCCAGCUCUACUACUCCUCGCACACCCUCGACUCCGAGCGGCCCUACUGGCGCCCCGUCGUCUACUUCAACAUCAUCAAGGCCAUCCGCAUGGUCCUCGACGAGCUCGACUACGAGCUCACCCACCUCCCCCUCGACGGCACCACCGAGGGCCAGGCGCUCGAGAAGGCCCUCGCGCCCCUCGGCGACGUCUCCGGCGAGAUCUCGCACCUCCGCACCAAGCUCCUCGCGCUCGUCGCGAUGGAGGACCCGCUCGCGCGCGAGCUCUCCGGCGGCGUGUCGGUGUCCGGGGGCAGAACGGGCGUGUUCGUGCGCGCGGGGUGGCAGGCGCUCGUUACGCCGCUGGGCGGGUCCCGGGGGAGGGCGCAGCAGCACGAGAGCGAGGAGGGGCGCGCGAUGCGGGUGGCGCAGGUCACGGAGCUCGCGGCGAGGACGCUCGCCGAGGCGCAGCAGGAGAUCGGGGACUUGUGGAAGCACCCCGCGGUGCGGAUAUUGAUGGACAACAGGCGGAUCCGCCUUGAUGAAAGUGCUCCAUUCUUCAUGGAGAGCAUCGAACGGAUAACACAGCUCGGCUACCUCCCCAGCAUGGACGACAUACUAAACGUGCGUCUGCAGACUCUGGGAGUCGCAGAACAUUCGUUCGACAUCGAUAUGUACGGCUCGCGCUAUAAUUGGCUACUAUACGACGUAGGCGGUGCGCGCGGCCAACGCCACGCCUGGGUUCCAUACUUUGAUGACGCAACCGCGAUCAUCUUCCUCGCCCCUAUUAGCGCAUUCGAUCAGUACCUCGAAGAAGAUGCACGGACAAACCGAGUAGAUGACUCGCUGCAGCUGUUCACGGCGAUAUGCUCAAAUAAGCUGCUCAAGAGCGCACAUCUGGUGCUGCUCCUCAACAAGACGGACCUGCUCCGCAAGAAGAUCGAGGCUGGCUUCAAAGUCCGAAAAUACAUCACGUCUUACGGCGACCGGCCCAACACGUACGCGGACGUGUCCGAGUACUUCCGCGCGCACUUUAUCCAGGCGCACAAGCGGAACGAUAUCUCGAGGAGGGCUUUGUAUGUGCACUUUACGAGUAUGAUCGAUAUCAAAGCGACGCAGGGUAUCAUCGUCAACGUCGGUGAAGCCAUCAUCCGCACACACAUUGAGAAAACCGGUCUCGCAUGAGACUUUUUUUUUCGAUGACUCUGUCCAGUUGGACCAUGCUCUACAUAACGACCGCCCGCUCUCUCCACCUGCCACUCUGUAUUUAUCUCGCUCGCUCCAUCCACAAACUCUCUCUCUCUUUCUCACAUAGUUAAUCUGUAUGUAUGCUUACUAAUCGUUGCUCGCGAGCUGUAGUAUGUGUAUUUUUUUAUAUUCGCAGGUGAUGGGGUUGGGCAGGCAGGAAGAGGAGUUGCUUGAUGUUGCUCUGGUGAUCUUUAUGGGAUAUUUGACUAUUUAGUUGCAAUUUUACUUUUU